AUGGGCCCCGGAGGCUCGGCGGAGCCCGCCGGGCGCGGGAGGCCGAGCGCAGACAGCUGCGAGGGCGGAGCGCGCGAGCGAGGGCGAGGACCAAGUCGGGGCGAGGCGGCGGCAGGAAGGUGGAGGCAGCGGACGAGGCGGCGCGGCCAGGGACGGCGCGACCGGCACGCGCUGCCCUCGCCGCCGCCCAGGCGCGGCCGGACGUUGGGGAGCGCCCGCGACGAGGUGCAGAUUCGAACCUGCGCACAAACGUGCGCGCGCGCACUCGCGCCGGCCAGGCGGAGCCGCCGGUUGGUGGAAGCUCACGCGGCGCGCUCCCGAACGGCCCCGUGGCCGGAAGUGCGCGCCCCGGGGGAAGGCGGGAAGGCCGCGGCGGGUUUAUUAAAGGCCCAGCGAGUCGCCCGCGGAGGGCGUGACCUUGUUGCUUCCGGGGUGGGCGGGGAUGUGCAAAUCGCCAGCCUGGGAAAACGGGGUAGAGUUAAGACUCCUUUCCUGGAGUCAGUGGCCACGGGGACGUCACCAGGCGGUGAAAACAUCAUACAAACUUUUAAUACGCUAGUCUUAAGAGGCUCUAGUACUACGUUAAGUGAUUAUUCGAGACAGACUACUGAAUGGGAGACUGGGCGCAGGGAAGUAGCGAGAGCCAACACGCAAAAACAAAAAGACCAACCAAGUGGAUGUUUUACAGUGGCUGCUGUGGAAGGUGAAGAUCAAAGGCCCAACAAAGAAACCAAACAAACAGAAGGUCCUAACAAAGCUGACAACAAAAGGACAGCCAAAACAGGUAUCAAAGGACACCCAAAUAAAGAGUCUGGACCUCUACCAAAAAUGGGAGAUCCAGGCCAAGGAGGACUUACCACCAGUAACCACAGCCAUCAGGAGGAGACAAUAGAGCAGAAAAGAUUCUUUGCAGGCGCCUUCCUCCUGUCUGUGAAGAGGUGCCAGAAUCGGAGGGACUCCUGUAUAACACCUAUACUUCUACUCACUCCAUUUUUAACCCACUCUGCUGAUUUCCCAGGUUGGAGCUACUGCCAGAGGGAAAUAGAAGAGAAAAGGAAGCUGAUUUCUAUUCUGAAAAGCCCCUUGGGCCAGCAUCACAACACCAUCCGCGUUCGUCAACUCUUAUGUCCAGACCCCUUCUGUGAGGUGUGUAAUAACGCAACUGCUGAGGUCAAUCGGCUGCUGUUCCUGGAGGACCUGGAAGACGAUACUCCCUUUGUGUCCUCCAUGGCUUCCACAGCUUCUGUGACUGAGUCAUCGUUCACUGUGUCCUCUGCCUUCUCAGAAGUCCCUCUAGGAGACCUCAUACCAGCCCCUCCGCCUGAGCCUUCCCCACGGCCCCCCUCCUUAGCUGAGUGUCUUUCACCCUCACCACCGGGUCACCAUCUGCCACCAGAGCCUUUUCCUCCCUUGGAUUCCAAAUUCCCAGCAAGCCAUUCCCCACCCCAACCCCUUGCCUUUCCCUCUCUCCCACCACAAGACACUCAGAUGACAGAUCCUGUUCUCCAACCAGAGGCCACUUUGUCUCUGCAUACCAUCUUCUCUCUUGACCCCACCCUUUCCCAAGAUAUCAACCCCUUACCAAAUUUGUCCCAGACAAUGAAUCCCACUGAUUCAUUGGCUUCUCAUCACGCACCACCGACCCUGUCUGUCUCACCACCACCAGACUGUGCUUUAACCGUGACUCAAUCUAAAUCGGUUUCCAUCUUAUUGAAGCCUAUUCCAGAGAGCUCAUCUCCAAAUAGCCCUGGUUGGUUGUCCACUUGUGGCCCAACAAUCAAAGGCACUGACCAUUCAAGCCUGUCAAUUUCAGAAUUCUCCCGGUGGCAAGCUCAUGCCAAAGACCUGUUCCCUUCCACCUUGCCACCAUGUGAUUUUCAUCAGGAGUUUCUUGCCCUCCAUUCUUCAGAGGCCUCUUUUGAGAGAGACCCUGCAGCCAACCUUAUAGAGCCUGGUAACCUCUCGUUUCUCAGCCCUGAUAUCCGGGCACUCCUAGAGAGACAAGUCCAAAAGAGGAGUGACUUCCUGAUGCGGAAGGAAAGGGACAAGGAAAGCGGUUCUUUUCCAAAAGAAUUUGGGGCAGAUGACCAGCUAAAUUCUUCGGGGAAAAUGUUAGAGUCAAUUGCUGAUAAGCAUGACUCAGCCGUCUCCCUUCCUUUUUGGAGCGGCAAAGGCAAACCAAAGGAGUUGCACGUGCAACAGCAGCCCUCAUAUCCUAAAACCUUGGAGGACCAUUUAGAGCAAAAACGUAUCCAGCUCUUCUGGGGUCUCCCAUCUCUGCACAGCGAGUCCUUCACCUCUGCUGUCCAUGGGUCAGGUGACUCUUCCUCAAUCUUCAUUUUCAAUACCAUCUCGAAUGCCUCCACAGACCAUGAACCCCCAGUACCUCCCCAUUCCCUACCUCUGUCCUUGCCUGAGAUAGAGCCUCAACCCUUGCCUCAACCCCUGCCCCAAUCUCAGCCCCUACCUCUCAGUCAGGACCAGCCCCAGGCCCACCUUCAAUGCCCACUCCCAAUCCUACCAUCUGGUCCUCGACCCCAGAUUAGGAUCUGUGGAGUGUGCUUCCACAGACCCCAGAAUGAACCAGAGUCUCUCAGCACAUCUGAAAUUCAACACCUGGAAUGGAAUGUGUUGCAGAAACAACAGGAAAGUUUGUGGGGUUUACCAUCUGUGCUCCAAAGAUCUCAGGAGGACUUCUGUCCUUCAGCUCCCAACUCAACUUGCUGCCGGGCCUCCCAGGCCCAUGGUUCAGUCUCCAUCCUUCCCGCAGAGUUUCCUCUCAGUGAUGAGCUGCGGAAGAAACUAGACCAUCACCUUCGAAAGAGGCUCAUCCAACACCGGUGGGGCCUACCCCGCAGGAUCCAUGAGUCUCUGUCACUGAUGAUGCCUCCGACCAAUUUUGCAGAGACAUCUGAGUUGGAGAGCAGUCACGGACUCUCGUUGAUCUCUGUGAACAAAAAGCUAAAUGUUGGAUUGAGCCAACCUGAAAGCUUCCAUGAGAGGGGCUCAGAACUGCUUCAGCUAGAGAAGGACGUGGGGAAGGAUCAGCAGCACAGCCCAGAGAAUGGCUCCAAAGCUCAUCUAUUGAGCGACACAGAGACCUCUUCCCAUAAGGAUCUGGGCUAUGACUCUGAGAAAGACCUAAGUAGUCACAUGCCGAGUCUGUCAGGGAAAAACUCAGGGGCCUCAGCGGGGAAUCUAGAUCAGAAACAACUUCAAAAUGUCCUGAAAGUACAUCUGAGCAAGAAGUUUGAGGAAAUCAGUGAGGGUCGGCUCCCUGGAACUGUGCAUAGUUCACGGCAUGCUAUCAAGCAGACAUUGCUGCUUUCUGACAAAUCCCACACCCAAAUAAAAAAGAGAAGUCUGCCACCAUCACUGGGUGGGGACCACUCCCUGAAUACCUUCCAGGAGCUUUCCUUCAUUGAUUCCAGAGCACAACAAAUGCUGGAAGCCCAUAUUAAAAGGUUUCGUAUGAGGAUGCUGUGGGGCCUUCCCCGCAGGGUCCUUGAAUCCAUAGAGAUCUUUAAACUGAAAGAUGCCGCAUCCCAGUCCCUGUCCCGUUCUCACUUUCCCUCCUCAACCAACCUGAUUUCUGAGGUGGACUCCAAAUCUGGGGGCUUCAAGCCCCUCAGAGGAAGUUCUAAAUCUCUUCGUGGAGAAAAAGUAGGAACAACAAUUUCAGCCCCAGUCCUGGGUCGUCCUCUCCCAGCCACCUCACCUGUGGGCAGGGAAGGACCGGGGACCCUGGGACAAUCACCCUCUGGUAUCAACCAAGAGCUUGCAGAGGAUGUUCAGAGAAGUAAAGGUGCCAGACAGACUCUCCAGCCUGUCACACACGGCAUCACACGCAAAGCAAGUCAGAGACAGACUCGACUGUAUGACAGACACCCCCCAAAGCUGCCCGCAAGGCAAGCCGAGGUCGGACAUGUGCCAAAGGAUAACAGAGUGAGUUCCAGUGAUAGAGCAGAAAUGCGACAGGGCAAAAAGAUGGAGAAGAAGUCAGAACCUCUCUCUGUGCCCAACGUGUCCAGGGAGAUAUUCAGGGCCAAGGAGCUCAAUGCUCUUCAAUCGAAAACUGGUAACAUCCUGACAACCAGCAAGCCAGGAAGCUCCCAAAUGAUAAAUGCGAAUGAGAAGGAAGUAGAAAUUACUGUGACCACUGAAAGCCCCUUGCCAAAAACAUCAGUUCCCCGAGAUCCUACAUCAUCAGACCUUAAAGAACAGCUGUUGAGAGAAUUAAAGUCUAAACUGGAGAAGAGGGAGCAGAGCCAGGCCCAAGGCCAACCCACUGACAGGCCCCUUGCCUCAGAGAGCUUGACUGACAAGGCCUCACUGACUCAUACCCAGGGUGUCUCCAGUGGGGACACGUGCGCUUCCCAGGUGCUGCAUGUCCAUCUGGAGGACAGAGGAAUCAGCUUGGAGCAGCGGCAGGAGAGCUGGGUCCCUAAACAUGUCUUAAGGAGGUGCCACGAUGAGAAUUUCCCACCAGCUGCAGAGAGAGUGAGCCCUACAAGGCCCAAAGCAGAAGAGCGUGGUGGAGGGGAUGCAGGGUUGGGGACAUCCCAACGUAGAAGGAAGAGUUUGCCUACUCAGGACAUGCCACUAGAGGAGACGCUUGGGAGCAAGUCUUCCCAGAUCCCAUCACAGAAGGGACAGCCUCCUCCUGAGAGCCUCUUCAGGAAAAAAAUGAACCACUUUUUGCAAUGGCUUCAUCCCGGGAUAGAAGGCAAAAGGCAAGAAAAUUCCCAGGGAAAGGGCAGCCCCAUAUCAUCUGCACAGAGCAGAGGUCUAAUUACAAGGAGAGCUGCUGUUACUGGGACAACCACAGCUCAGAAGACCAUGACAGACGCUGGGAAGUUCCCAGAGGAGAAACUGGGGCGUAGGCAUGUGAUAGAUACCACCUGCCCUCAAGGGCCCCUUCCCUCCCCGAGGAAGUCUGGGAAAACUCAGCAGAAGGCAGAAGCACAGGGCAGGGCAGAGCCUGUCCAGGGGCAUCCUUCCAACUACAGGGUUCCCUCCUGCAAAGCAACAAACACCAAGUCCUGCCGCCAGGAAGCUCUCACUGGCAGCCAGAGUUAUCCUAUAAGCGUUAGACGGAGCAGAGACGAGGACAGACACCCCCUGAAAACUGUGAAAGAUCCGCAAUGGGGUCAGAAACCUCCCUCAUCCGUGCCCCCCAGGGAGCUUGUGCCCCACCCAAACCCCACCUGCAGGCAUCAAGCUGGCCAGGGGCCUCCGGUCGCUCUCACCUCUGAUGAAGGCACUGUGUUCAGAGAUCUGUCUCUGCUAUUUCAACAGAAAAUGCUUCUCCAGCAUUUCCAGACAGGAAAAUUUCCCACCCCAAAAUAAUUCCUUCCUUGGG